CUCUUAUGAUGCGGAGUCAUGGCGCUGACAUGAGCGAGGACAAAACCGAUAUGCUAGCAAACUUAAACCAUACAUACACAAAUUAAUCUAAUCUACCAAACUAUCCGAGGAUAAUACUAGCAGAAACCGUUAACGACUGGAAUCGGCAGGCAGACAGACAACAGACGGUUAUUGUGUCGGGAAAGUGAUUCCACAUGACUCCAGCAUUCUGACCAGACGGACAUCAAGAGAAUCAAGGAAAGCAAUAAGGGAUUACUAUGGAGAAGCCAGUGUUACAAACACAGCCUUCUAUGCUGCCCUUCUUCGACACAGCCCACGCCGUCAACUUACUCCGUGGGAUCCAUGAGCUCCGCGCAGAGCGCAAGUUCUUCGACGUCACUCUGUGUGCUGAAGGCAAGGAGUUCCAUUGCCAUCGGACUGUGCUAGCAGCUGCCAGCAUGUACUUCCGUGCCAUGUUCGCUGGGACUCUGCGAGAGAGCGUCAUGGACCGUGUGGUGCUCCAUGAAGUAUCGGCGGAACUUUUGGGCCUCCUGGUGGACUUUUGCUAUACUGGUCGUGUGACCGUCACGCAUGACAAUGUGGAUCUCUUGCUCAAGACAGCAGAUCUGUUCCAGUUCCCUUCCGUCAAAGAAGCCUGCUGUGCAUUUCUGGAGCAGAGACUUGAUGUUUCCAACUGCUUGGAGAUCCAGGAGUUUGCAGAGGCUUACGCCUGUCGCGAGCUAGCAGCUAGCGCUCGCCGUUUUGUGUUGAAGAACAUUGUGGAGCUGGCAAAGAGCAUGGACUUUGAACGGUUGUCAUGGAAGCGCCUGCUGGAGUUUGUGUCUGAUGAUGGACUAUGUGUGGAUAAGGAAGAAACGGCUUACCAGAUUGCCGUGCGCUGGGUCAAAGCUGACUUGCAACAACGGUUGCAUUACUGGCCUGAGUUGUUACAUCAGGUACGACUACCAUUUGUUCGCCGUUUCUACCUUCUGGCUCAUGUGGAGAGCGAUCCACUGGUCUACUUGUCACCAGCCUGUUUGCGGUUAGUCAGUGAGGCACGCAGUUUUCAGUCAUAUGAAUAUGACCGCCAUGACCGUCCUGGUCAUCGAAUGCGCCCGCGUCCAUCCACCGGCCUGGCUGAAAUUCUGGUGGUAGUGGGAGGAUGUGAUCAAGACUGUGAUGAACUUGUUACUGUGGACUGUUACAACCCACAGACAGGACAGUGGAGAUACUUGGCUGAAUUCCCAGACCACCUUGGAGGUGGCUACAGCAUAGCCGCCCUGGGAAAUGACAUUUAUGUGACAGGUGGCUCAGAUGGAUCACGUCUCUAUGAUUGUGUUUGGCGGUACAACUCCAGUGUGAAUGAGUGGACAGAGGUCUCUCCUAUGCUGAAAGCCAGAGAGUACCACAGCUCCUGCGUCCUGAAGGGUCAGCUCUAUGUGGUCGGGUCUGACAGCACAGAACGUUAUGAUCAUACCAUUGACUGCUGGGAGGCUCUUCCGCCCAUGCCUCAUCCCAUGGAUAACUGUUCUACUACAGCAUGUAGGGGACGGCUGUACGCCAUUGGAUCUUUAACAGGAGAGGACACGAUGGCAAUUCAGUGCUACGAUGCUGAAAGCAACCGCUGGUCACUUCUCAACAGUGGCGAGCUGCCUCCAUGGUCAUUUGCCCCUAAAUCCGUGACCCUUAAUGGCUUGAUCUACUUUGUAAGAGAUGAUUCGGCAGAAGUUGACGUCUACAACCCGCAGAAAAACGAAUGGGACAAGAUUAGUCCUAUGACACAAGUUCAUGUUGGUGGAAGUGUGUCAGCUCUGGGUGGUCGACUCUAUGUGUCCGGUGGUUACGAUAACACCUUUGAGCUGUCUGAUGUGGUUGAGGUCUACGACCCCUCCUCCCGCUCAUGGAGCCCGGCUGGCCGGCUCCCCCAGCCCACCUUCUGGCAUGGAAGUGUGAGCAUAUUCCGGCAGUUCAUGCCUCUUGUUCAGAGCACAUUUGAACCCAUCGACAUACCUGAGGCCAACGCCAUCCACCUCCACAGACACCACCGCAACCAGGCGCUUCACAACCACAACAACAACGUCAAUCAGAACCACAACCAAGAAGUCAAUCAAGUGCACUGAGAACUUUUCAGAACAACGAGACUGAAGGUCAUUCAAUGUGACGUUGCACUUUAUCACAUUCACCUCAACUGGGCAGCAAAGUGAGCUGGUAAAUGGACAAUCAGUGUUUGCAUUAUUUUUCCCAGUAACCCAGAGUUACUACAGCUUUAAUUGUUGCAUGUAUUUCUAAUGCUGGCUGCGUUUAUUGUGAACAGGCACUAAAAAUAGUGCUUAUCAUAUCAUGUCUGGCAGACUUCAAGCAAUCCAUACAUGGAAAUUGCAUUAAGCUCAUUUUUAAAACUUAAUCAUUUAGUAACUUAAAGGGGUAUGUUCACACAAUAUGAACAAAUUUCACUUCAUUUAAGAUGUAGGUGACCUUCAGAUUUUCAAGUAAAGAUUUUUAGCUGAAACCAUGGCCGUACGUUGAGGUCUUAUGAAGCAAAACAACAGGAAUCUGAAUGUUAUUUGCAACAUUAAUACCUUUAAUGCACAGUAAAAAUGCCAGUUCAUCGUUUUGCUUCAUAAGACCUCACUCUAUCAUCAAGAGCAACUUGUAUUAAUUUUGUUUUGCCUGUGUUAUGAUUAUAUGACUCUCAAAGAACGAAUCAAAAAGGACCACAGUUUUCAGCUAACAAUCUUCCUUAAUGUUCCACUAAAGGGAAAUGUCACCUACAUUUAGAUAUCCUGAAGGUUAAUAUAAUAUAAAAGUAAAAUAAUACAAUAUUAGGGUUUUACUAUAAUAGUAAAACCCCAAGCAUUCCAAAAGGUGAAACUUUGGAUCAUUUAGAUUUAGGCAUGAGCCGGUAUAAGAUUUUGAUGGUAUGAGAACCUUGGAUAG